AUGUCGUUUAUGUCUGGGGGAUGUUUUGCUCACGACGUUUUCUUCACUCCGACGUCCAAUAGAGCAGAGAAGAAUUGCUACACUUUCACUGACGGCAAUAGCCUGUGCGCCCAGAAAUUCACACUUCCAACGGAUUGCUUGGUAUUUGGAAACGGCAGUGUUGUCUGUGUGAGGCCUGUAGAGCGAACUGAAAAACGUUCCUCACCAAGACAAGAGAGUACGAACACAACUCGAAGUUACCGAGGGAAAGCGCGCAUUGCAUUCGCCAUACCCGCGCUUGUCGCGCUUGUAGUUCCAAAGUUAGCAGCCAUAUUACCUGGUGCAGCGGUAGCGGCGGGUGAGGGUUUGGCAUUUGGUGUGGGUGUGGGAGUGGGUACAAAAGUUGCAGGCUAA